UGAUUCCAACUGUUCGUUCAAUCUCAGCAGGCUGGUCAUGCUGUUUUUUUUUUUUUUUGCUUUACAAAACUUAGAUAUCCAUCGUUUUAGUUUCUCUUCAUCCAACAUGAACGCUUCUGCCUCGAUCCGAAAAGCGUAUGUCCGCCAGUCGAUGGCGACAAUGCAGCCACUGGGCAUACAAAAUAUCACGACCAUUCCUCAAGCACGUCCAGUCGACGAGGAAAAAUUACGAAACUUCAAACCAGUCGACUACAUCGAACACCGAAAUCAGUGCAGGACUGAAAAACUGUCACCGGGCCCCUUCUACGACCUGCAGGGAAUGGAGGCUGCCAUGUUCAAUACACCGAGCAUAAGCGAGGUGCGAAGGGCACGGUUCCAGAAAAUGUUCACCGUUAUCCCAUAUCGCGAUCCAAUCUACCUGGUGGCAGUUAUCUUCCUCAUUGGAAGUUUAGAUUUGGUCAUCAAUGCUUUCCUCGAUCUUGUACCUCACGCUCCCCCACCCAACGCUCUGGAGGCCAGAGAGGUAAUGCCUGAGCCUAUGAUGGAAACAGAAGAGCCAAUUUCUGUACCGAUCACCGUGCUUAUAGGAUCCAUUGCUUUCUUUGUAGCUGGUAUCUUCGACACGUUUAGCGCUUUGAACGCAGAGCACGGAACAUUUGAAAUGGACGGAAAGGGCUCCGACAAGGCAAAGUUCAAGCCCGCGUUACUGGGGACGCCCGAGUUUAAGUGGAUACCCGACUGGGCCAAGUUCAUUGAGCUCACCGCAACCAACAUUGCUUUCCAAGCUGGGCUUAUCGUGCUGUUUGGUGGAAUCAUCUUCAUGUUCGCUGGCAUCGUUGAUUUCCCCGGUGUCAUUCAGGAGACAUCACCCUUUUUCAAUGCGGUCGUGUUUGGCCCGCAGAUUAUACACGGCCUUCUAUUCUUUGUCGCGAAUGCCAUGCUGGCGCUCAGUGAGCAGAAAAGGUGGUGGGAGCCAAAACUGGAUGAUCCGGAUUGGACAGGGGCGGUCUUGAACACCAUCGGGGGUCUUAGCUUCAUGUUGGCAGGUAUUUUCCUUCUGGAAAAGGAUCAAAUAGCUGCUGCCAUAUCCGAAUUGAUUGGGAGUAUGAUGUUUGCGUUAGGGAGUCUGUUGAGGCUCUACGUCGUGAUGGAGAUUUAUUGA